GGCUUCUGGCCUCCAGCCCGGGGCUCGCGGAGUCGGGGUGCGCUCGGGGUGGGGGGGGCAGAGACACCCAGAGACGGAGAGACGGAGGGAGAGACAGCCCAGGUAACAGUGGACGAUGUGGAAGCUGGUGGCCUGGGGGGCACUGGUGGCGGGCGUGGUAAGGGGGCUGCUAUGUCCCGAUGGGCAGCUGUGCCCGCAGGCCUGCUGUGAACGCCCAGGGGGCACGGGCUACGGCUGCUGUGACCCCGCACGGGACUCGGACCCAUCCCUGCCGUUGGCUCUUGUGGGGGGCUCGUGCGAGGACAGGGCCCCUUGCCCGGCUGGCUUCUCCUGCCUUCACACCCCCUCGGGGGGCACCGGCUGCUGCCCCUAUGCGGAGGCCGUGGCAUGCGGUGACGGGCGGCACUGCUGCCCGCGUGGGUCUCACUGCAGCGCUGACGGACGCUCCUGCUUCCACCUACCGGGCGCCGGCUCUCCCCGCGCUGUGCAGUGUCCAGAUGGCCAGUUUGAGUGCCCCAAUGAUUCCACCUGCUGCCCGAUGCCCAGCGGCUCGUGGGGCUGCUGCCCGCUGCCCCAGGCCACGUGCUGUGAGGACAGAGUUCACUGCUGUCCCCACAGCACCACCUGUGACCUCGCCCACAACCGCUGCCUAGGGCCCAGCGGCCCCCGGCCCCUGGCCCGCAAGACCCCUGCCUACCGGAGGGUCCCCCGGGGAAGGGGGGCAGCUGCGAUCUCUCCUCUGGUCCCAGCCGGGCCUCCCGCUGUGAACGUCGUGUGUCCCGAUGCCCAUUCUCAGUGCUCAGAGAGCACCACCUGCUGCCAGCGGCCCGAUGGUCACUACGGUUGCUGCCCGUUGCCCAACGCCGUCUGCUGCCCCGACCGCAUCCACUGCUGCCCCCAAGGCACCCGCUGCGACCUGCAACAGGGCAAGUGCCUAUCGUCGGAAGGUGCCACCUCCCCGCUCCUGGCCGAGCGGCCCGCUGUCUUCCCGCUCCUGACCGAGCGGCCCGCGGUCCCAGUGCAGGAGGUGAAAUGUGACAACGAGGUCAGCUGUCCAGACAGCUACACCUGCUGCCGUCUCCCCUCGGGGCAGUGGGGCUGCUGCCCGUUCCCUGAGGCCGUCUGCUGCCCCGACCGCCAGCACUGCUGCCCCCACGGCUACACGUGUAACACGGAAAUGAACACGUGUGACCAGGGGGGCCGGGCGUUGCCCUGGUCGGUCAAGACUCCCGCCCGACGGGCCCCCCGCGCCGGGGACGUCCGCUGCGAUGACCACACCAGCUGCCCCGACGGCAAUACCUGCUGCUCGCUGGGCUUCGGCCAGUGGGGCUGCUGUCCGUUCCUUGAGGCCGUGUGCUGCCCUGAUCGCCAGCACUGCUGCCCCCACGGCUACACGUGUAACACGGAACUGAACACGUGUGACAAGGGGGGCCGGGCGUUGCCCUGGUCGGUCAAGACCCCCGCCCGACGGGACCCCCGCAGCGGGGACGUCCGCUGCGAUGACCACACCAGCUGCCCCGACGGCAAUACCUGCUGCCCGCUGGGCUUCGGCCAGUGGGGCUGCUGCCCCUCACCGCAGGCCGUGUGUUGCCCCGACCACGCCCACUGCUGUCCCAACGGCUUCACCUGUACCUCGGAGGGUCAGUGCCAACGGGGGGACCGGACCGUGCCCUGGCUGAAGAAGACCCCUGCCCGACCCGCCCGCCUCAGCCAGGACGUCCAUUGCGAUACCUACUCCGGCUGUCCCUCGGGCCACACCUGCUGCCGCCUGGUAUCGGGCGUUUGGGGCUGCUGCCCCAUCCCAGAGGCCGUGUGCUGCCCCGACCAGGUGCACUGCUGCCCCUCGGGCUUCAGCUGUUCCGGGCAGGGGCAGUGCCACCAGGGUGCCCUCAGGGUCCCCGCUCGGGUGAAGGCUCCGGCCCAGCGGCUGCCCGGGGCGGAGGACAUCCGCUGCGACGACCGGUUCUUCUGUGCCCAGGGCCAGACCUGCUGCCCCUCACAGAGUGGGGGCUGGGCCUGCUGCCAGCUGCCUAAUGCCGUCUGCUGCGAGGACCGGCAGCACUGCUGCCCCUGGGGCUACAGCUGCAACGUGACCGCCCAGACCUGCGACAAGGAGGGGACCGGCCCGGCCCCCGCGGCCUCCGCCGACCGGCCCCUGCUCACGGGCCCGGCCGCCCCCGUGGGCGACGUGCCCUGUGCCCAGGGCCGCUUCUGCCACGACGACCAGACCUGCUGCCCAGACAGCACCGGCGGCUGGGCCUGCUGCCCCUACGCCCAGGGAGUCUGCUGCCAGGACCGGCGCCACUGCUGCCCGCCCGGUUCCCGCUGCACCAAGAGAGGCCUCAAGUGCGGGCGCCGGGCUCUGCGCUGGGACCAGGUCCUGACCCGGGGCCAGGCCCUCCCCCGGCCCCUGCUGUGACGGGCGCUGGUCAGACAGACCGCCUGACAGACUGACAGAUGGGAAGGAGGGAGGGAGGAGCCUCCCACCCGUGAUUCUGCCCACCCAAGCCCCUGCAUCGCCCUCCGUCCCGCCUCCGGCUAGGCCGGUGGCCUGGGCUGGGGGCACCUCGGGAUCCCUGCCGUGCCCGAGGUCAGCCUGCAGUGACCGUGGGGGGAGGGGUGACUUGCCUCCUUGCUCAGGGUCCAUCUCCCCCCAUUCUCCCUCCCUGCCACUCCCAGGCUGGGAGUUCCCACCGCCUUCCCCAAUAAAGUUUGUAGUACGGUUUGUUACACGGA